UUUUCUACUUUUAUACGAACCACAAGUACAACUGACAAAAUAAAAUAAACUUAGAUUCCAAAUAUUGCUAAGUGCUUAAAAAUUGAAUUAAUACAUUCAAUCCUCAAAUCUGACGUGAUCUAUGUUUUAUCGACUGCUUUUGUUUUAUAUGCAUAGAUGAAUAUUGUUGAUUACCUACCAUCGUUAACAUUAGUUGUGUUGUAGUAGAAUUUGUUGAUGUAGAUUCACACAUUUUAAUGUGUUGAUUUAGAUUUAUCUCUAUUUUGUUCCACAUAAAAAGUGAUCAGGACAGCUGACUUGUGCACAUGGGUGUGGCAUCUUUUUCUGUAUUGACUACUAGUGAGUAGUGGUUGAUUGAGUAGGGGAAAAUGGUUGUGUGACCUACUCCCUGACUAAAACCGGUCGCCUCAGUCUCUUUAAGGUUGAAUAAAGUUUACUUUCAACUAUUUAUUAAUUGCAAGUGAAUAUUUUUCAUUCUACACUCAUUAAUUUAUUUCAGUAUAAAAUGGAACCGGUUUUUGUUUAUGGGACGUUGAAACAAAAUCAGCCUAAUUAUUACCAUCUCAAUGACACUAAAAAUGGCUGUGCAGUAUUUAGAUCAGCCGCCGUCACAGUCAAUAAAUAUCCCUUAGUAAUUUCUACUAAAUAUAAUAUACCAUUUUUGUUACAAAAUGAAGGCACUGGGCAUGAAAUUAGAGGUGAAAUAUAUGACAUUGACACAAAAAUGAUGGAAUAUUUAGAUGAUUUUGAAAAUCAUCCAAAUUUUUAUAAACGACAAAAGGCUCCAGUCAAAUUACCAAAUGCCGAUAUUAUUGAUUGUUGGAUAUAUUUUUUACCCAACUAUCCAGCUAGUUUUUUGGAUUUACAGUACUUUGACAAUUACAAUUCUAGUGGUGAACAUGGACUUCCAUAUGUCACAAGGUAUCUAAGAGAUCCGGAUGACAAAUUAUCAUUCCCCAAUUGGAAAUCAUCUAGUUAAUGAUGUUUAACAUUUUAAAUUAAUUUACAGUGAAGAACUACAUCUAUUAGAAUAAGCCUUCAAGUUAAUCAAUAAAAUAGUCAUAGAGGUUUCCUCUUCUCAGUCCAAUGUUUAUUAUUAUAUCAAUUAAGUGUAAAAAAAA